UCGGCAGUUGUGGGCGCCGUCGUCACCUGUUGGACGGGAUGCGUCGGAGGAUCGCCGGAAAGGCUGCGGCCACCGGUGACGGCGGAGUAGACCGCCUAGGCGCGCUCCCGGACGAGAUCCUCCAGCAUGCGCUGUCGUUCCUGCCGUCGCGCGACGCCGUGCGCACCUGCGUGCUCGCCCGCCGCUGGCGCCACCUGUGGAAGUCCGCCCCGGCCCUGCGGGUCACCGACGUCGACGCCUUCAGGAGCGCCCGCCACGUCAACGGCUUCGUGAACCACCUCAUCGUCCUCCGCGACCGGACGCCCCUCCGCGAGCGCGAGAUCGCCGUCUAUAAGGAAUACGACGGCGGUGGGUACUACGACAGCAACGGAGAUCGCCUCGAGCACUCCCAGUACAUCGAUCUGUGGGUCAGGUACGCCUUGUCAUGCCAUGCGCGUCUGCUUCGGAUCAGUGACCAUGACCCCAAUGAUCUUGACGCCGGAUACUACGAUUAUAAAAUACGGAGUGUUAUGCUUGACGUUCCCAUCUUGUCCGGGCAUCUUACCACUUUGGAACUCGACGGGGUGGUGCUUUCGAGCGAAUGCUCCCCACCCUCUAGAUUUCUCCAGCUGCCCAAACCUGGAGACUCUAAAGAUGAACCGCUGCUCCAUCCUAUUCUUGGGAGGCGACCGUUCCAUGAAUAUAUCGUCGCAAUCUGUGCGAUGUCUGAGCAUUACACGCUGUGAUUUUGAUCACUUUGUCCGGGCACGUGCCCUCAUUUCUAUCCCAACCCUCGUGCACCUGGACCUGGAGCUGACCGAGGACUGUGGCUUGGUUCCUGCGUUUGAGAGCAUGAUGCCGUCGUUGCUAACAACAUCUAUCAAGCUUGACCGCAGUUGCAACAAGGACGACAUGGGUUGCUCAUUGCUUCUUGGAUGCCUCUCACAUUCCUCUAAUCUAGACCUCAUGGCCGGGCCUCAAGCGGUAUACAUAUAUGUUUUUAUCCACUUAAAUUCUAGCUAGUCUCAUUUGACAUGCUCAUCCCAUAUGUGUUGUGCUUGUGCUUGCCCAGUUUGCUUUCAGGACAGCUUUAAAACGGUGCACCACAUUUAGCAAGCUCAAAAUCUUGUCACUCAAUGAAUGGUGUGUGGAACCUGAUUUUGGACCACUACAUUACUUUCUACGUUGGUCACCAAAUCUUGAGAAGCUCAACAUCCAUCUAUCUAAGCCAUAUCGACAUGUUGAAGAAACAGAGGGAUGCUACGAUUCGGCGGAACCAUUUUUGGCAUCAAAGCAAUUCAGGGUUGUCGAGAUCAAAUGUCGAGCAAAAGAUAAGCUUGUUCACAAAAUUUUGAAGGUCCUGAGUUCCUGUGGAGUACCUGCUGAGCAAAUCAACAUCAAGAAAAUAAAUUGAUCUUCCCACGAUAAAGUCAAAUUAUAGGUCUUCCUAGAUAUUUAAGUUUUUGCAUUCCCAUACCAUGUAUGUGUGAAGUUUAGUAAUGCUUCGUUUAAAUUAAUUGGACAACUAAAUGUGUAAAUGAUAAGCAUCAAGGAUAAAAAAUGCUCUUUAGAUAGUA